AGUCUUGAAUUAACCCGCGUUACGAAUAGAUGAUUCGCAAACGGCUCGUAAAGCAGAAUAGAGGGCCUUUCGCAGACCUCUGUGUUGAGUUGAGAUUGUUGUUUUGAAAAAGAAAAUCAUUGGAAAGACGACGUCUUGUUGUUUGCCUCUAGCGAGUUGUGUUUUUUUGUGUUCUGCAGCUGAUGUGUUGAGGCUUGACUGUUGUUGUCGUCCAAUCAAAAGCGUCAAUUUCUUGUAAGCCCGAAUUCGAGGUCAUGUUUGAAGAAUCGACAAGCUAGCCAGCCAGACUACGCGAAACUUUUCUCAAUCCAAAAUUUGCAAACAAGGGCGCCACAAUCCACAAGAGAAAGUGCAAUACAUUCUUGUUGUGGGUACCUUCCGAUGUGGUGCUUUGUUGAGGCGUACAGCGCAUCACGUCAAUCAACGAUCUGCGGUGGAGCUCUCCUCAACAUACAACAACAACAACAAACUGGCACAAUGGAUUACGCGAAGGGAACGAUGGCAUACAUCUGAGGCGUUUUGUCUGUGGAAUGUAUCGAUUCCAUAUCGACAGAACUCUUGACAAGACAGCGCUUACGUCACAAAAGAAAUAGUAUAGGCACUUGAAAUGAUAAUUUUAUCAGUCUGCAACUAGAAGCAUCACCUGGACAAAAGGGGGGAUCCAUAGGGGAAUGUAUUAAACAUUGGAACCUCUCCUGAAAAAUUUCACCUAACCGAACUGAACCCCAAGGCUAAGGAGAGAUAGUAGCCAGCACUGCGAGAUAGUAGUGCUGCUCACAGCAAAUUCGCAAAAUCAGUACAUCACGCGACACAUUGCGCGACCAUGGGAACCGUGCCGGAGGAACUGAUAACCCUCAACAAUGAAACCAUCAAGUACUCGACGAUUUUCAGCUACAUAGACCAGUACAUCGAUUUGAAUUACUCCAUAUGGCUGUACCGGCUGCUGACCCCGCUAAUGUUGACCUUUUUGCUCCCGUCGCUCUUCGUGUUACUCAUUUACCUUUCCAUAUCGUUUUUGUAUGUAUACAAACUGCACAGUCGCUUUAUACUGCAAGUCUACAACGAUGGCGAUUUCGACUUUUGGGACGUCGCUCGCACCCUGGUGGCCCUCGUUUGGGACUCGCACGGGUGGAUCUUUCAUGGGUACGAAGUAUGCGGCCUUGAGAAUCUCCCGGUGGAAGGUCCGGCCCUAAUCAUCUACUAUCACGGGGCGAUUCCGAUCGACAUGUACUAUCUGGUGGCCCGAGUAUACCUGAAACGAUCCCGUCUGGUCUACACCGUGGGAGAUCGUUUUCUGGAAAAGCUACCCGGCUGGAGUUUUCUGGCUCGGGUCAUGAAAAUCAGCCCCGGCACGGUACAAUCCUGUUCCAGCGUACUAAAAGAGGGCAAUCUCCUAUCGAUUUCACCGGGUGGCGUUUACGAGGCCCAGUUCGGCGAUAGCAACUACGAACUGCUCUGGAGAAAUCGGGUCGGCUUUGCAAAAGUUGCGAUCGAAUCGAGAGCCCCCAUCAUUCCAAUGUUCACCGAGAAUCUGCGGGAGGGUUUCCGUUCGUUCGGCUUUGCCAAGAGCCUGUUUGUGCGGUUGUACAACGCGGUACGCUUCCCGGUGCGACCGGUUUACGGUGGAUUUCCGGUCAAAUUUCGGUCCCACUUGGGGAAACCGAUACCAUACGACCCCUCACUGACCCCAGAACAGCUGCAGGAGAAGGUCGCCUACGCCAUCGAGGACCUGAUCAACCGGAACCAAAGGAUACCGGGUAGCAUUAUGCAUGGCCUGUUGGAUCGUUUUAUUGCCAAGCGGAAAAACGAUUGAGGAAGAGAUAAAUUGUGAAUAUGUAUCUUGCGCGCAUGUGUAUGAUCGAAUCAUAUGAGUAGGUAAUUGUAUAAGCUGUACUUAUUUAACUAUUAAGUUGUAAAAUAUACAAAGUGGUAUAAGUGUUAA